CAGAUAUCCAUCUCUCGCUCGUAAUGCUGCUGGGCGUUUCCGGCGAUCCUCGCGCUUCCAGAACCUGCCUCUCCGCGAUGACUACACAUCCCUAGCUUGUAGUUGGGGUUUAACUCCGAAUCACCACUAUGCUUUCUCCAACUAUAUGCGUCUCGAUGGGUCGGCACGUCAGUUCGGCCGAAUGGAGUCUUCCAGAUAGGAGACAUUUCGAACACUUUAGUCCAGCAUUCAUUGCCCUACUAAUCUAUGCCCACUGUCAUUCAACGGGGUCGUGCGCUGUUCUCCUCCUCCUACGACCAGCCAGAAUUGCACGGUCGCUACUAAUUCCCCAAAGUGCCUCGGCUUUUCAUCUCGCGAUGCAAACUCCAACAAGAGCUCCCGGCUAUCCGCGAAAAUGAUCUUCGCGGUGCGAACUCUAACAAGCACCCUUCCCGUCGCUUACCCUUACCCACAGCCAUAACCACAAACUU